GUUUCAUUUAUUUUUAUUUACAAAAUGAAUUCUAUUAUACACCCAUCGUCGGUAUACAUUCCAACAAACGGUCAACGGUUAUUUUCGAAAUUUCAAAAAUAAAAGUUUCAAAUUUGACCGCUAGAUGGCUGUCGUUGGAGCAACAACAACGAUAAGGUACUUGGGUUUUCGUGACACACAAAAUCAAUCGCAAUAAAAGGUGUUAAUCGAAAGCCUCAACCAAAACAACCUUAACCCACAUUGAUCACUUUUGCACAACUAAAUUUGUUUCCCGGUCCAAAAAUCUCUCGAUGGAAUGGUACGAAAAAACUAGGACUCUAUUGAUGUACACGUAGGAGCAGCAGCACCUAUUCAAUGUCAAAUAAAGUUAUACAUGUUACUAUUCAUUUGAAAAAUUCCCCCCGAUUACAAAAAUAAAAACGGCACGUGUCUCGACUUUUCACCCCAGUUCCAUCUGGGUAGUUAGUUACAACCAAACGGUCGUCCAGUCUGUACGGUUUAGAAAAUCUUUCCUGGCCACCACCAGCUAUAUUAUUUUUCCACUGGACUCGUGCGUUUUUGUUCAAGACCCGGUUAUCUUAUCUGACUAGAGAGAGUCAGUUAAUAAACUACAAGCAAAAAGGCGCGGUAAAAUAACUUGCAAGACGCACACAAUCUACGGAGAGAGGAAAUGCCAAAGGAAGGAAAACGGGCGGUGCAGCAGCAGCGGCCAUUUCUCACGCUCACAUCUUUGGAGAAACGCAACUCGUGUUGUUGAGAGAUCCGUCUGCUGCCCAGGGUGACACGUCUACAACACACACACACCAAACGGCUGUGUGGGUAGGUUUUUGAAGGUCGUAUAAUAACUAACUCAUUCUCCUACAACUCCCCAAUUUCUCCGUAUGUAUCCUUUCUCUUCUUUCCACUCCUCCCCUUCCUUUUCCUUGAGGGGGUCGAAAAUUACAACCCACCACCACCCGUACAACAGCAGCAGCCCAAUCCCUAAGGCUUCUUUUAAAAUAUCUUUUCUUCCUUGGUUGGCGUGUGUAUGUUGAAAUGGCGUGCAUAGUCGAAAAACGACUAGGGGGAUAGAGUGUGUUAUAAGAAACUUGUUGUCUAUUCUACUUGUCGAGUUCUAAUCUUGUGCCCGUCAACUUGUUGUGUUUUUUUUCGUUGCUCUUCAUUUCUCCGUUUGGUCGCCAGGUUGUCGAGGUACAUCGUCGAGUUGGCAAGUUUGUGAGCUGCUGCCAAGAAUUUUUCAACGGCAAAAAUGACAGUGUCGAAAUUGUUUAUUUCCUACACUUGAGCUUCACGAACAAAAUUUAUUUUGUUUUGUUUCAAAAAAGUGUCGGCCAAACGAAAUUGUUUUGUUUUUCGUUGUUGUUGUUGUUGUUUGGCCGCAUCAUGGCGCCCCAAGAAGUGAAAUUUAUGGAGAAUCGGUUGGGUGGUGUUGCACUGGUCAUUGAUGGAUGCAAGUAUCGAAUCAAUCGACGCUCAGGCAAUACGGUUUAUUGGCGGUGUUUCUAUCGUUGGUGUCGGGCCAACGCCGUGGUGGAAGACGGAAAAUUGAAAUCGUCGUGCGGCAGUCACAUUUGCUCGCAGCCGCACAACAACAUCCAAAACGGCGGCGCCUCUGCCAAAUCGGGACGCCACCGCCAGUCGUCGGAUCAUCAGCAGACGCCAACAGUCACUCAGCAGCAGACGGUUGCGGUUCAUCAGCGACCGGCUACUUCUUCGUCUGUCCAGCCAGGCAGUCUCAGAGGAGCAGCUUCUCUCGCCUCAAAAAUGGCCACGCGUGCAGCUCAAGGAUCAACUACUCACACGUUAACACGAAAUGCCAACAAGGGCAAAGUGGCACUCAGAUCUCAGAAACCUCCGACCAACAAUAACAUGGUCAUCCGAAGGAAAUCCAAGGCCAAUGAAGAGGAUAUCAAACCCACCAACGUUACAGUGCAACCGUCAACUACUACUGAUUCGCCACAAUGUGUUCCAGAUUCGCCACCUAAUCAGAAUGAAGCACCCAAGUACAAGAUUUCGGCCGAAUGGAAACGGCGUGUGAGAUCCGAGUAUAUGCGAAUUCGCCAGUCUCGGAGGUAUAAACGAGCUGAUGAGAUUCGUGCUGUAUGGUCCGAAAACAGAAAGAACGUUAAUGAGAGGGUGGCUGCCAACCAAAAGAAAUGGGAAGUGAGCAAAGCAUUCUGGGCAUGCAGCCAAGAUUGGCCAGCGCACAGUCAGUGCAUGAAGAAAGUCAAACCUGACCACUGCCUGGGUGUCAACACCGAUCAGAAAGCAGUACCUGUUAAGAUCAUCAAUGCAGUAGCACCUGUCCCCACCAUGUAUUCAUGGGCUGGUCUCCAACAGAACUUUAUGGUGGAGGAUGAAACAGUUCUACACAACAUCCCUUACAUGGGUGAUGAAGUGUUGGACCAGGAUGGUACGUUUAUAGAAGAAUUGAUCAAGAACUACGAUGGAAAAGUUCACGGAGAUCGCGAAGGGGGCGUCAUCGAUGACGAUAUCUUUGUGGAACUAGUCACUGCCUUAGUCCCCUAUUGUGAUGAAGAUGAAAGGUCUGAUUUGGGUUCGAAAUCCGUCAAAGCUGAGAAGCUGGACGAAGCAGCACGUGAUGCCAUGACAAGUAUCAAAGACAAACCACCCAAGGACUCUGUCCAGCCCGUAGCGAAGGAUCUACCCAACAUCAUUGCUUUUCAAGCAAUCGCCUCUGUCUUCCUAGACAAAGGAACCCCAGAAGAAUUGAGAGAAAGGUACAUGGAAUUGACGGAACGAGCUGAUCCUGUCGCUCUGGGUAGCGAGUGCACUCCAAAUAUUGACGGCCCGAAGGCUCCCUCCGUCCAGAGGGAGCAAGCCAUGCACUCAUUUCACACCCUGUUUUGUCGCCGAUGUUUUAAAUACGACUGUUUUCUUCAUCAAACUCAAGGAGCGGUGCCUCGUCGAGGUCUACAAUCAUAUCAUCCUGGUCCCAACAGUCAAAAGAGAAAAUGCAAUGAUCUCAAACUUCCCAAACAGCCUUGUGGGCCGCAAUGCUACAUGUACUUGGAAGGUCUGUUAGAGAGAUUAGCACAAGCAGCGCAAGAAGGUGACGAAGCCGAUGGGCAGCCUCUUAAAAUCCGAAAAACGGUUUCGCUAGAUUCGGGUAAUGAAGCUUCAUCCGAAGAUAGCAACGACAGUAGCGUCAAAAAUGGGAACGGGGAUAACCAAAAUCCGCCGGAAUCUGUUAAAGACGACAAAGAAAUCGAAUGUGCAAUGGAGGUCGUCGUGGAAAGUCAGACUCCACCGGAAUCUGUUGCUCCUAAAGUGAGCGAGCCCAGUAAAGAUUCAACGCCACUCACGUCCAAUGAAAAUUCGAAUAGUUCUUCGAGUUUGGUACCUGAACGCAAGAAUAGCCUAAAUGAAAAACCUGGACCUUCGAGGGAGAGCAAGUCCAAUGAAUCCGGUACCAGCACGCCCCUUGCGCAAGCUCCACCUGCCCAUGAGUUGAAUCCGUUAAAAGACAUCGACCCCGACAUGCAAACUGUGUGGACACCAUCGGAACAAACUCUCUUCCGAGUAGUACAUCCCAUUUUCCUUAAUAAUUACUGUGCUAUUGCGCAGACUAUCCUCAGCAAGACUUGUAAACAGGUGUAUCGGUUUGCUCAACAAGAAGCCGCUGAUCUGCCAACCCUGGAGACCGAGAAAGAAGCCACCCCACCGCGGAAGAAGAAAAAGAAACUACGACUCUGGUCCGUUCACUGCCGAAAGAUCCAGCUAAAAAAAGAUGCCUCAUCGAAUCACGUUCAUAAUUUUACGCCUUGCGAUCACCCUGGCCAGCCUUGUGAUUCCACCUGCCCUUGCGUUAAUGCGCAAAAUUUUUGUGAGAAAUUCUGUCAGUGCAGUUCCGACUGUCAAAAUCGAUUUCCUGGUUGUCGAUGCAAAGCUCAAUGCAAUACCAAACAGUGCCCCUGUUUCUUGGCCGUUCGCGAAUGCGAUCCUGAUUUAUGUGGGACAUGCGGUGCGGAUCAUCAUGAUGUUUCCAAAAUCACUUGCAAGAAUGUCAGCGUUCAACGUGGAUUACGCAAGCAUCUGCUUAUGGCCCCUUCCGAUGUUGCCGGUUGGGGAAUAUUUUUGAAAGAAACAGUACAGAAGAAUGAAUUCAUUUCCGAAUACUGUGGUGAAAUAAUCUCCCAGGACGAGGCUGAUAGACGAGGAAAAGUUUACGACAAAUAUAUGUGCUCCUUUUUGUUCAAUCUUAACAAUGACUUUGUGGUUGACGCCACCAGAAAGGGUAACAAGAUUCGCUUUGCUAAUCAUUCGAUCAACCCAAACUGUUAUGCCAAAGUCAUGAUGGUGAACGGUGACCACAGAAUCGGUAUAUUCGCUAAAAGGUUUAUUCACUCUGGCGAAGAGCUGUUCUUUGAUUACAGAUACGGCCCAACAGAGCAACUGAAAUUUGUUGGCAUUGAAAGAGAAGGGGAAUUCCUGUAGAAAUGUUGUUCGAGCAGUGCGUGGUUCUAAGCCUUUACGUGGUUCAUCAGGUCCAGUACAUUUUAGCUUAUGAAUAAAAAGGACCGCGACUAGAUUAAUUAUAACUCUUUUUGUGCUUUUGUAAAUCGUGGUGUUAUAUCAUGCCUGUGUAAUGUAGUGAUUCGAUUUUAUCGUAAAUAAGUUUAAAGUGAAGAUUUCUUUUUCACGUUACUCGCGGCCGGUGCUUUAAUCACCGACGAGCACUCUGGUUAAUAAAAAUAAACUAUGUUCAUAAUCA